CUUGGUUCUUUCGGAGGGAGGUGGUUAGCAGGACGAUGACGUCAUGUUCGGCUAGUAUGGGAAGGCGGGCUUAACAGACGGAGGAGAGGAAAAAUGGCGGCGGAGGCGACUGACUCUACUGCAACAAGAGCAGAGAGGAGGCUGCGGGGCCGCAGUGGGCGGCGGCGCUGAGGAGACCCUGAACGGGGCGAGGGGCAGCGCGCUAGUGCCUGUGUUGGGAGGGAGAAGAAAGCGGGAAGAAGGCUCAUGUGCGGUGGAGGCUGCGGCACCGCCGGUCUGUCGCCACCGCCAGCAGGAGCGCCGCCAGGAGGCACCCCAGCCCGGUCCUGCUUUCCCUGAGCCGGCUCCAGGGCAGCCGCGUGAAGGCGAAGGAGGAGGCAAGUGGCUCGGCCAGGCAGGGCGGACAAAGCGACGGUGGCAGCAGGAUGAAGUUCGCCGAGCACCUUUCUGCGCACAUCACCCCUGAGUGGAGGAAGCAAUAUAUCCAGUAUGAGGCUUUCAAGGAGAUGCUGUAUGCAGCUCAGGACCAGGCCCCUUCUAUAGAAGUCACAGAUGAAGACACAGUGAAGAGGUAUUUUGCCAAGUUUGAAGAGAAAUUCUUCCAAACCUGUGAAAAGGAACUUGCCAAAAUCAACACAUUUUAUUCAGAGAAGCUUGCAGAAGCUCAGCGCAGGUUUGCCACACUGCAGAAUGAACUGCAGUCCACUUUGGAUGCACAGAGAGAAAACAGUGGUCUUACCACUCUGCGGCAACGUAAAAAGCCAGUCUUCCACCUGUCCCAUGAGGAGCGUGUUCAGCAUAGGAACAUCAGAGACCUGAAAUUAGCCUUCAGUGAGUUCUACCUCAGCCUCAUCCUACUGCAGAACUAUCAGAACCUAAACUUCACAGGAUUCCGUAAGAUCCUGAAGAAACAUGACAAGAUCCUGGAGACCCCCCGAGGUGCAGAUUGGAGGGUCGCACAUGUUGAAGUGGCACCAUUUUAUACUUGCAAAAAAAUCAACCAGCUCAUCUCGGAAACAGAGACGGUGGUGACUAACGAAUUGGAAGAUGGAGACCGACAAAAAGCCAUGAAGCGGUUACGUGUUCCACCACUGGGAGCUGCACAGCCUGCACCAGCAUGGACUACCUUCAGGGUUGGGUUGUUCUGUGGAAUAUUCAUUGUGUUGAAUGUUACAGUCAUAUUUUCAGGUGUAAUUUUUAUGAAAGAAUUGGAUGUGUGGCCACUCAUAAGAAUCUAUCGAGGUGGCUUUCUCCUGAUAGAAUUCCUCUUUCUCCUUGGCAUUAACACGUAUGGCUGGAGGCAGGCUGGAGUGAAUCAUGUCCUCAUCUUUGAACUCAACCCCCGCAGUAAUUUGUCGCAUCAGCAUCUCUUUGAGAUUGCUGGAUUUCUUGGAACACUGUGGUGCCUGAGCCUGCUGGCAUGUAUAUAUGGUCACUCCUAUGGUUUUCCUACACAGGCAAACCCACUUAUCUUGUAUGGAUUUAUGUUGUUGUUUCUCAUCAACCCUACCAAAACAUUCUACUACAAAUCCCGUUUUUGGCUGCUCAAACUGUUGUUCCGGGUGUUCACUGCCCCCUUCCAUAAGGUGGGCUUUGCAGAUUUCUGGCUGGCUGACCAGCUUAAUAGUCUGGCUGUGAUACUUAUGGACCUUGAAUACAUGAUUUGUUUCUAUAGCUUUGAGCUCCAGUGGUCAGUCACAGAUGCAUUGCUGGCAGACCCAGCUGGUCAGAUCUGCAACACCUAUGCCUAUGGUGUGCGAGCAGUUGUUCAGUGCAUCCCUGCAUGGUUGAGAUUUGUCCAGUGCCUGCGCCGAUAUCGUGACACCAAACGGGCCUUUCCUCAUCUGGUUAAUGCUGGCAAAUAUUCCACGACAUUCUUUAUGGUGACAUUUGCAGCCCUUUACAGCACUCAUAAAGUUCGAAAACACAGUGACUCCCAAGUGUUCUUCUACCUGUGGAUUGUGUUCUAUUUCGUCAGCUCCUGCUACACCCUUAUAUGGGACUUGAAGAUGGACUGGGGCCUCUUUGACAAGAAUGCCGGUGAAAAUACUUUUCUGCGGGAAGAGAUUGUGUACCCCCAAAAAGCCUAUUACUAUUGUGCCAUUGUAGAGGAUGUGAUUCUGCGUUUUGCAUGGACUAUCCAGAUCUCUCUUACUUCCAUGGAAAUCCACCCUUAUGUUGGGGACAUAAUUGCUACUGUGUUUGCACCACUUGAGGUUUUCCGGCGGUUUGUCUGGAAUUUCUUCCGAUUGGAAAAUGAGCACCUGAACAACUGUGGUGAGUUCAGAGCUGUCCGAGACAUCUCAGUGGCACCACUUAAUGCAGAUGAUCAGACCCUGCUUGAACAGAUGAUGGACCAGGAGGAUGGUGUACGAAAUCGUCAGAAAAACCGGGCCUGGAAGCGUAGCCAGAGUGUGUCCUUGCAUAGACCACGUCUUGCUUCACAGUCCAAGUCUCGUGACACCAAGGUGCUAAUAGAAGACACAGAUGAUGAAGCAAACACAUGAAAUCUCCGUAGAGCCAAGUUCCACCUCCCGUGGGUUCUCUUUUACUACCUUCUCACCCUACCCCACCACCACCACUAUGAAGCCAACUUCUGGUAUAUUUCCAGCUGAAAACAGGAGAAAAAUCUGAACACACUUUCUGAGCUCUUCCGGACUGGAUCCUAUGGACUCCAACAAGCUCACUGUGUUUUCUUUUCCUUUCUUCUGGUUUUAAUUUGAUUUCUUGUUUUUAAAAUAAAAAUGUAACUUCAUUUUGCCAUUCAGAGGGACACUUAAGGAAAGAACUGUCUUAAAGAUUGUUUACAAUCUCUACAAGGACAUAUAAUUUGGAUGAAGAAGCAUCAUCAGGACUCCCUAAUGGGACUCUACUGAGAAUUCACUCAGUCUCUGCUCGGUCCAGUUUUGACUGGUUGAAACUGGACCUGCAUUUUUAACUCUGGCUCGCGCUCUGGUUUUUGGUGUUUUCCUUCAUAUCCAGCGCCAAGGCACUGGCCGCACUUGCCGGGAAAGUGCACUUAGAGCAGUACCUUCAUUCAUGAAGCUACUUUUUAAUUUGAUGUAACUUUCUUAUAAUUUUUGGGAAAUAUGAUAUAUUUGUUGCACAUAGUUUUCACAUUAUUUAUGAUAGUUAACAACUAUAUGAGAAUGGUUUUGAGUCCUGUGCAAUGAAGGUGAUAGCUCUCUAAAAAAAAAGUGGUGGGGGAAGGGGAUAUAGAUCCUGAAUCUCUCUUGCUGCGAGAUUAAGCCCUUUAAAAUACCUCUUUGAUGAGAGAACUUGCACCCGUUUGACCUGGCCUUUUCUUUUCUUCCAUUUGAUUUAUUUUAAACCAAAGUUUCUCUUGUAGCUUUUACUUGCUGCUGCUGGUCCCUCAGAAACCUGGGCGCCUUUCUUAGCCAGAUCAUCCUUUUCUCUCAUUGGUUUUUUUAAUGUGGCUGUGCAGAAAUAGUACAAAUGAUCUUUGGAUUUCUGGUGGGGAAAGGUUAGUUAGAGCUAAUCCUGCACAGUUCUUCAGAUACCCAUGCAAAAACAGCCUUAGUUAGUAGGUUAAGAAUGGUUUUUGUUUUAAUGAGCUGAGUCUUUAGGGGAUCAUCUAUCCCAAUUUUAAACAGGGAGCUCCUGCACUGUUCCAUUCACUUCAGCUAAAUAAUAGAUAAAAACUUGUGAUUAAGUGAAGAAAUGGUCUGCCUUGUUGGGGAUAUAGGAUGAUGCAUUCAUCAGCCCAUAGGGAGGUUAGGCAGACACUCAAGAGCUUGUCACUUAGGUAAAUUGGAGACUAUGUCUUUUCCAAAGACUGGGAAAAUUGAUACUGCGAUAGAAAGGGCUUUUUAAUGCUUUUGGAAAAUAUUUUUUUUUAAUUGCCAUACUUUGACAAAGACUCUUCUGACAAUCACUGACCAAGAACAUCCUCAGGUUAGCUUUUUUUAAUAACCUAUCUACCCCAAACCUAACUGUCCAGCUUAGCGCUAGGCCUGACUUCUACAAGUUUUAUGAAUGGCACCUGCUAAUUGGACUUAGGGUAGAUGGCCAUACAGCUGAGCAAAUUCUUUAGCAAAAGUUUCCACCUUGAUUUUGUUUAUUUUAAAUCUGUGUUGGCCUCCAGAGCCCAUAGGAUAGAGCAGCAUGAAUGUCUAGGAUGACCAUAUCCACCCCUUGUAGUUGCAAGCCUUGUUGUGUAUGCCACGCAUUUGUGCUUAAUGUUAGCAAAUGAAAUCUUAUUUGUGCUGUUACACAGUGUGUGUGUGUCACACCAUAUUGUGGAGAAGCUCCUUCAAGUUCCCUUAACUCUUGUCUCUAUUCCAAGACUUCACAGCAAGGACUGUGUUGUCUUUUUUUAGCCUUUUCAGGUGGUAACUUCUUGUUAGUUACUUUCUCCCACGGAGUCCUCUUGGGUCUGCAAAUCAGAGGCACAUUUUUAAGCAAAGAGGAUUCCUCCUUAACCUUUCUCCCUUUUUCUUAGUUCAUAAUUGUGUCCCUACUCACCUAUUUAUUGCCCACCUAUCUUGUCAAGCCAUUCAGAAGACUUAUUUUGUAGGGCACCUGGCUUUUAAAAAAUAGUAUUAAUAAUGUGUCUGUAGCCCAGAAAUAUUUUACUCUUCAAUGGAGCAAAACAAUUUAGAACAAAACAGUAACUACAAAUCAAGCCCCUUGGCAGUGAACCUUUGAAUCACAGUCACUUGUAUUGUGCUUUAGCCUAUCAAAAUAAUUGCAGGGGAAAACUACACUAAACCACAGAUUUUAAUGUUAUGGCCAGGGCUAGACAUGUGGAUGUUGGAAGAGAACUUGGAAUUGUUCAGUGAGAGAGCUGCCCACUUUGUAUUCUAACACCAAGCUGCCCCAACAGGAAAGAAUUUGAACAACAGACUGAUAUAAAAUCCUACAUAUCCUUCUGGGGUCCAGGAACUCCAAUAAAACUCAGAUAUUUCAAGGGUUUUUGCUUUGUUUUCUGUUUUUAUAUUCCAAGGGGUAGUUCUGUUUUGUUUUUUACUCAUGAAAAUAAUAGAUUUUAUAAGCAGCAUUCUGGUUGGUAACUGGUAAUUACCAGUUGACUGAGAAUAAUGGGAACUAAUUGUAAAACUAAGUAAGAUGAAUUGUGUGAAAGAUCAACCUACCUAUGGGAUACCAGCCUGAACAAAUUAUGUGUCACCUAUAACUUCUUCCAGCCAGAGCAAUGCAGUGUUGGAAAUACUUAUUAAACGUGCAUAGAAGGAACUUGGCAAAGGAACAAGGAUUGAGUAGGAGGAGCAGCCCAGCACUGGAAACAUCUCAACAGCCAAUGAACUUGGGUAGCAUAAAGGGAAAGGCUACAGCUAGAGACAGCUGAUAGUUAUAAACAAUUGGAAAAUGGUGUCUGAGAAGCAUCAUUCACCUUUGGAGCAUGGACAACAUUUUCUGGGUUCUGUCACAGUGUCAUACAACAGGUUUUUAAGGUUUUGGAAGUGUUAAAAACUAAAAGCCCUGCUUACUGGAGGGGAUAAUAGGAUGGGUGUACAUGCCACAGGCAACAAUGCUUCUUUCAUGUCACCAUCAAUACACUGAAGACAAAAACUAUUGUCACCUGCUUAAUACAUCCAGUUCAGUUGGAAAUGGUGACUGCACAGCUGGGUUCAGAUCAUAUGUCUAGGGAAUUCUACCUGAUUUUAUGGGCUGCCCUUUUUAAUUAUUCUGAUACAGAGGAGUAGUCUUCACUUUCCAAUAUUAAGUGUUCAAACAAACAAAAAAGCCAAGAUUACUGUUAAAAGUUUGGAGUGGCAGAUGUCACCAGGAAGUUCCCACAGUCUUUGGACUGAAACUGCCUCUAGUGAUUUAGCUGCUGUACAGCCUUGGUGUAUUCCAUUCCAAUAUGGAUGUUAAAAAGAAUGCGUGUUUCAGUAUUGAGUAGUAACUCGUAUUUCUGAAUGUAACAUGAACUAGGGACUUGUGGGUCUUACCAGUAUUUUGAUGCACCUGCUCCAGAUUUCAUGUGAAGCACGCUGGACUUGCUGCGGAUAAGAUCCUUGACUUCCUGCUUCAGAUGCAUUGAAAUAAGUCACUCAUGUUUCUAGGACGGCUUUUAAAAAUGCAUCUUCUCAAAAUUUCUUCUAUAGCAUUCUUACAGUGGUUGGUCAGUGCAGAAUAGGAGUCACUUUUCAUUAACACCAUUGAACCAGAAAGGGUUCCCUGGAUCCCUCCUAUAAAAAGGAACAAUUAGUUCAAACUGAAAGAUGGAAUAUUGGGACAGCCAGGACACUGCUCCCAUCUUCCUGAAGUUAAAGCUAUGGAAAAGGCUGGCCGUCUUUUGCUGGAGAUGUGCAGUAGUUUUUGUAGAAAUGAACAUGAGGGAAUAUUGUUUCUGGUGUAUUUAUUCAUCCCACUUCCACCUCUGAUAAACAGACAAAACCUGUUACGGCUGAGGUAAUAUCUGUGAGACUGCCUCUGAAAUCACUUUCAACUAUCUUAGAAACUAUUGCCUGUCUCCAGCCUUUGCUUCAGCAGCCUGUAAGCUUAGACUUGCUUCCCCUUUCCAACUUAGAGCUGUGUUGGAGAAAGUUUAAUAUUCUAUGUGGCUUAAAAGAAAGCAAUUUGUCUUCCCUCUACCACAGACAUUACAGAAGCAUCUUGUGUGACAAUGCAUAGAAACACUUUGCUGCUUUAGCUUUCCUUUUUUAAAAGGAGUUCCCCCUUUCUUGAAAGGAGGAAAAGUUUGUCUCAAUUCAGAAGAGCACUGCUGCUUUCUAUCAGUCCUCCAUGAUGGCUGCCAGGAUAUGGUAGUAGGAAUCUCCCUGAAUCUCUAGAAUCAGGUUUCAUUUCAAGCAUACUGUAAAUAAAGGUUUAAAUAAUAUUUCAGA